CCCCCCCCCCCCCUUCUCUCGCGACCGCUUUUCCUCCUCUGGCCCGGCGAUCCCUAUCUAGAAGCUUCUAGAAGCACCGCCCGGUCUUCUAGUAGCUAGCCGGCCACGAUGAGGUAGUCCGGGGGCGAGGAAGCUGCUCUCCGGCGUUCUUCACGAUUGAUAGCAUUGACCGCUUGCUCGACGCCGGCGUUUCUUUCUCGUAGAGAGAGAUAGAAAAGAGAUGGAGGACGGCAAGGCGGGCGGGCUGGGCACCCUACGCGCGGUGCUCGCCAUCCUCCAGUGGUGGGGCUUCAACGUCACUGUCAUCAUCAUGAACAAGUGGAUCUUCCAGAAACUGGAUUUCAAGUUUCCUCUAACGGUAUCAUGUGUCCACUUCAUAUGCUCUUCAAUUGGAGCUUCUAUUGCAAUCCAUGUGCUUAAAGUAAAACCAUUGAUUGAAGUCGAACCAGAAGACCGUUGGAAAAGGAUAUUUCCAAUGUCAUUUGUCUUCUGUAUAAACAUUGUGCUGGGGAAUGUUAGCCUGCGGUACAUUCCAGUCUCCUUCAUGCAGACAAUCAAAUCUUUCACUCCUGCAACCACAGUUAUUCUGCAGUGGUUAGUUUGGAGUAAGCAUUUUGAGUGGCACAUAUGGGCUUCACUGGUCCCUAUAGUCGGGGGAAUACUCCUAACUUCAGUAACAGAGCUUAGCUUCAACAUUUUUGGUUUCUGUGCUGCCAUGGUUGGCUGCCUGGCUACAUCUACAAAAACCAUAUUGGCAGAGUCCCUACUCCAUGGAUACAAAUUUGACAGCAUUAACACAGUGUACUAUAUGGCACCCUUUGCCACCAUGAUACUGGCUCUACCAGCUAUGUUACUUGAAGGAGGCGGCAUAAUCAACUGGUUCUACACACACGAUUCAAUCGUUCCUGCGCUGAUUAUCAUCCUAGGUUCAGGGGUGCUUGCAUUUUGCCUUAACUUCUCCAUCUUCUACGUGAUCCAUUCAACUACAGCGGUGACUUUCAAUGUUGCUGGCAACCUUAAAGUCGCGGUCGCAGUGCUAGUCUCCUGGUUGAUCUUCCGGAACCCAAUCUCUGCUAUGAAUGCAAUUGGAUGCGGAAUCACUCUGGUUGGCUGUACUUUCUAUGGCUAUGUGAGGCAUCUGAUCUCACAACGGCAGGCUGCCCCAGGGAGCCCAAGAACAGCCCGCGUGAGCUCGCCAAGAAAUCAGAUGGAGAUGCUUCCCCUUGUGAACGACAAGCAAGACAAGGUUUAGCAAGUGGAUGCCCUGAUAUCCAACAGCCAUUUGUGCAGUGGAAGGUACAAGUUGGCAGACAGACAUAUGCUAUGUCCAGAGAAGCCAGUGGUGAUAGGGCUCAAAGAUGCACAAAUUAAGACUCGUAGGGGGGUAUACUUUCCAGAAGAACAUAUGUAAUCAUGCGUGGCACGGUUACUCAGACACUUGUAAUUCUUAUAGCAUUCAUCAUUUCUUAUAGCAUAUCAGAAUUCGUUCUUAGGAGGUUGAAAUUUUCUUUUUCUUUUUGUCGAUUUGUUGUGAACUUGUGAUAUGUUUAUUCUACCUAUUGGACUGCCGACCUGAAAUUUGUCA